UCUUAGUCUAUAUAUAUGCCCUAAUGUAUGUGUUACUCAUACCAAAAACAUAAACGUAAGGUACAAAUGGAAGAGGUAAUGUCAAUUAUCUUCCGUGGAUUGAAACUUGUUGAUGAGCUUAAGUCAAGCUUGCAGGAAAAGUCACCGGAAGCUCUGUCCACCUAUCUUGACGAGAUCACAAAGACAUUUUGUGAUGCAAAAGAGCGGUUGAAGAUAGUCCUUGUGAUCAGGAACUCGGAGACCGCAAUGAACCAACUUAAACCGGCGAUUGCGGCUUGCUCAGACCAGAUGCUAAUGCAGAUUGAACCGGGUCUGAUGCAGGAGUAUUGGUUAAGGUAUGGCGGGUCCACGUCAUCUCAGGGAACUGAAGCCGUGACUCAAAGGCAGCUCAUGGCUGUUAAGGGUGACGGCGGACGAAAUUUGAUGGCUACGGAAAGAUCCGGUGGCUCAGGUAGCGGUUCAUCCACGCCAAGGCAACGUAGAAGGGCGUACUAUAGAUGCACCCACCAAAAGUUAUACAAUUGUCCAGCCAAGAAGCAAGUCCAACGCCUCAACGAUGAUCCCUUCACCUUCCGAGUCACUUACCGUGGCUCACACACUUGCCACAUCUACUCAACCGCUCCCACCAUAUCUACCGCUGCCCCCACCGCUCCAAUUGCAACUACUGCCACAACUAGCCAUCCCGUUGACUAUGGUCCGUUCUUCGACAUGGCCGAAGCUAUGAUGUUCGGUAGCAGCGGGAGUGGAGCCAACAUGGAUUUCAUUUUUCCUUGCAAUGAUCCACCUCCUCAUAAUCACUUUUACCGGAGGCCAGAAGACGGCGACGGAGACAAAUAGGAUUCACAUAUCUACAGAGAAAGGAGUACAUGUUUAUGUUCAAGAAAAAAAAUGAACAUGUUUGAUUUAAUUUAUUAAUUAUUCAAGUUUUGCAUAUUACACGUGAUUCUGGUUUGGGAUCUGAUGGGAAACCAAUUCUUUUAAACUAGUUCGCUUUUACGAAAUUGAAAGUGUUCUGUUACUAAGGGUUGUUUCAACCCUGUAUUUAUUUAAAUUGUUUCCAUAGCUUUCUUCUCAUUCUCAAUAUAAAUAUUCAAACUAGCA